UCUCGAAGCAGUAGCGACAAGUCCUUGGCGCGAAGAUUGAUCCGCCGUAUCCGCCGCGGUGGGGCAGAGCGCGGGGGCUUGUCCACGGAAGGAAGGUCUGGACCCGCCGCUAAAGCGGGAAGCUCCCGGGAAGCUACUGGUAGUCAAGGCACAGGAAGGUGACAUAGGCACGGGCAGGUGGAAGGUAUCCUACGGGCGGACAGGAGAGGCGAUACACGCAGUAUUAGCAAAAAGAACGUGCUGGCAAGUCAGCUGCUGGCGGCCGGUGCUCGCGCUCCUGUUUACUCGUCCUGCUGGUCGUCCUACCAUAUCGCUGCGCUUACGCGGCUGGACGGCCGCUGUGCCAUCGCUGCUUUCGCUGGUAAAAGACGACGUGGUGCCUGGACGCGGGUCGCCCCGCCCUUUUUACGUCGGCAAUACCUACAGUCACUUGUAAUUGCUUGGGGGGUUGUCACAGUGCUCUUUGUCUUCCCCUCUGUCUCUCUGUCACACACACACACACACACAAACACACACAUAGACACUAUUUAUCCCCUUUUGGUCCUCUCCUUUUCUCAUUCUCCCUCUGUGUCUCUCGUUUCUAUCUUCCAGACAUACACACACAGACACACACACACAGGCAUACAGGCGCAUAUGCACACACGCACUCACCUGCUUUGUGAGUUUUAAACGCGUCAUGAAGCUCAGGUUGACCACGCCUUCGUCCUUGGAUUGGAGACGGAUGAUCUGAUCGGCUUGCCCUCGUUUUUUGCGCCUUACCAUGUCGCCAUUUAAUCAGUCCUGCUAGAGAGAUUGCCGGUGUGAGUGUGUGUUUACCAUGUCGCCAUUUGAUCAGUCCUGCUAGAGAGAUUGCCGGUGUGAGUGUGUGGAAGUGAUAAUUUGGGAGGAGGAGGAGGAGGAGGAGGAGGAAGGAGAAGAUGCACAGCGGUAGUUUAAGGUAGUACAGAGGUACUUCCUCCAGUGCCAAUCCGGAACUACCGUUGUUUAAUUCGUUGGUGCGCUCUUGGUUUAGUUUUUUCCGGCCGUUCUUUCGUCAGCGCACGUGCACCAGCUGUAUGCUUGACGUCUGUGUGCCGUGUUAGGGUCGUGUAGUUGGAACAGUUCGCUGCGGAAACCGUCUUCUUCUGCUUGUGUUUGUUCUUCUUAUCCUCGUCUGCCCAUUAUUGAGUGUUCCCUCUGUUCUUAACCUCCCCUACCCCCCUCUUCUUCCUCCCUCUCAGAGUUGGGUCUAGGGCCACAACCCUUAUCCCCUUUUGGAUGAGAGGUAUGCUGUUUGCCCAGACGCGACUUUAUCCCGCGUCGUGUGAAACAGUAGGGGGGCUGAAUAAUAUCAACUCGAGAUCACGGCGAUCGGAAUUCGCUGAGUUCUCUGCGAAGCAGAGACGUGCGAGGUCCUUUUGUCGUUUUCCUCCAGAUUGCCACGUGUCCAAUUUCGUGUUUCUGAACCCCAAUCAUCGGCAGCCGACGGGUUGUACUGAUCGCCAUCGAUUUCAAGACUACGGGCAGCAGCAAGCCAACGCGCGGAGCGGACGCAGGCGGGGAGCAGCGGCAGCGGCGGCGUUAGCGUCAGCAGCACUUAUCCUCGCGCCGGCGCGCGGGGGGGAGAUCGGCGCUGUUACCGGCUGCAAAAGCGGCUACUACGGCGGGACCGGCGGAAAUCCCUGCGCCUCCGAGCGCACUUGCCGGCCUAAUCGGCGGCUUUGCGCGGGGAGUUGGCCAAAUGCUGCGCUUACUGUUUUCGUAAGUCGCGGUCCCAGCAACAAUAAUAAUGCCGAUACUGCGACGAACAAGAGCAGCAGAAACAAUGGAAGGGAAAAGCCGCCGCCAGUUCAUCACCCUCUUAGUGCGAAAAUCGAGGCGGGGGGAGGCGAUGGAGGAGGAGGUGCUUUUUGCCACGCUGGGAACGGGAAUGGCAAAAGGGACACUGGAGGGGGAAAUCACUCAUGCUCAGUGUCUUCUUCCUCUUCUCUUCUCUCAAUUCCCCACGUGGAUGUCGCUGCGAGGCCAGAUGACAACCGCGAUGAUUUGCAAGAAGAGGGCGCGAAGGUAGAAAAGCCGUGGACCGCGCAGGAGGGUGCUGCACUUUACAGAGUUGAUGGUUGGGGGAGUCCUUACUUCGUCGUAAAUUCUGCUGGACACGUGGCGGUUCGUCCUUGGGGAUCGGAGGAUGGUUCCGACGAACUUGAUUUAUACGAGUUACUGGAGGCUCUAGGCAAGAGGAAUGUGGCAUUGCCGAUGAUCAUUCGAUUUCCGGAUAUUGUUCGACACAGGAUGAAGCAACUGCAAGAAUGCUUCAAUAGCGCAAUUGCAGGAUUUGGAUAUCAGGGACACUUUCAAGGAGUGUUUCCCGUGAAGUGCAAUCAUGAACGAUAUCUGGUUGAAGAUAUUGUGCGCUUUGGUCGUCCAUAUAGAUUCGGUCUGGAAGCAGGGUCUAAGCCGGAGGUGCUUAUUGCUAUUACAAUGCUCAGAGAGAGCGAGGGUGCCCUCCUGGUCUGCAAUGGCUACAAGGAUAGCGUGUAUAUUGAGAGUGUUCUCCUUGCACGGCAGCUUGGAGUGAAUGCUAUUAUUGUUUUGGAACAGAUGGAUGAACUGCAGCUUGUGAUUGAUAUAAGCCGUCGUCUUGGAGCAAAGCCUGUGAUUGGAGUCCGUGCAAAGCUCAGCACAAAACACAACGGGCACUGGGGAGAGACAUCUGGCGAUAAGGGGAAAUUCGGCCUUACUGUCAUGGAGAUGGUGCAGGUUGUCUACACACUGAAGCAGAACUAUGCCAAUGAUGUUGUGGCAGCCCUCCUUGAUGCAUGCGUCUUCAAGGGUGUCCGUCAACCCAUAAUUAUGACAGAGAGUGGACGGGCGCUGGGAUCACACCAUUCCGUGCUUGUGUUUGACGUCUUGAGUGCAAGCGAACACACAGAGGCUGCUGUCCUCAAGCAUCUCAAAGUUCUGUCUGAGAAUGCUUCUAUGGGACUGGGCGUUUGUGAUGAGAAUGACGACAGCCACCCAGCCUGGAUGCGUCACCCGAAGCUGCGGGCAGGAGGCAUCAGCAGGAACCUGGCUCGUAUGGAUAUGGAUCCAGGGGAGUACCUCCUCUCAACAUUUUAUCAGGUAUACAAAACAAUGGGGCAGGACAACUUUCAAGAAGCCUAUAAUGAUGCAAAGCAAUUCAAGAGUGAGGCUGGGAGUCUCUUCAAGCUGGGCUGCUUGUCCCUUGAGCAGCGAGCACAGGCAGAAACUCUCUUUAAGGCGGUAUGUCAUCGUGUGCUUGCCUUCUCUCGUGAUGAGUCCGAGAUGCCGGAUGACAUGGAGGCACUUAGGAAGGCAAUGUCAAGCGUGUACCACGUCAAUCUGUCGAUCUUUCGAUCAGCACCAGACUCGUGGGCCAUCGAUCAGAUCUUCCCAAUCAUGCCUGUCCACCGGUUAACCGAGGAGCCAACGGUUCAGGCAACUCUGGCAGAUCUGACAUGUGAUAGUGAUGGGAAGAUCAAUCGUUUCAUUGGGUCCAAUGGCGAAAUCAGUCACGUUCUUCCAGUGCAUGAGCUGCGUAAAGGCGAGCCCUAUUAUAUGGCUCUGUUUUUGGGAGGCGUUUACCAGGAGGUAAUGGGCAGCCUUCACAAUCUAUUUGGGGCCACGAACGUUGUCCAUGUCAUGUCGAGGCCGAAGACUGGGUCCGCUGUCGUGAAUGGCCUUGCUGGAAAUGGGAAGCUUGACAGCAAGCCAACCAAUCACCGGGGUGGUUACAGCAUUGACCGUGUUGUGAGAGGUCAGACCAUGGUCGAAGUGCUGAGGACUGUGCAGCACGUUGGUGAAGAUAUGAUGGAAGAAUUGCGGUGCGAGGCAGAAGAUGCCGUCGCGGAUGGGCGACUUACCAUUGAAGAAGCGCAGACCCUUCUUCUGAACUAUCAGCGCAGCUUGGGCUCGUAUACGUAUCUGACCCGCUAGGAGUGCCGUGGAGAGGGAGGUGGAUUAUACAUCUUGGUUCUGCUGUGGGCCAAUGAUGCAACUACAUGGAUGCGAUUGACGUCAGGAGAGUCGCUGACGCCAUGUCUCGUUAACCGGUCCAGGUUUGGUCCACGUGUCUGUCAGAUUAGACGUUCUGCGUGUGAAGUGAAUGUCAUCGUUGUAUUGAGCAAAGGUCAUUGUUGUAUCGAGCAAAGGUCAUCGUUGUAUCGAGCGAAGGUCAUCGUUGUAUCGAGCAAAGCUCAUCGUUGUAUCGGUCGAUUGUCCAGACCUGCCAUGACAGGUGAGGGAGUGUGAUUAAAUGAUCCUGUCCUGUCUGCAUGGGAAACGCUCAUGUGCGGUUAUGCACAGGUAAGGUUGCGUCUGAGCAGGCAGGGCUGUAUUAUGUCCAUGACCAGUUUCUAUGGUUCACGCCGUUUUAGCUUUGUGGGUGUUGAGGGGUUUUGCUAUGGAAGUAUGUUCUGCUCAUAGUCGGCGGAAGAUACUUGAUUGUCUAUGAUUUUAGCUCUCGUACCUUUUGCGAGUUAAAAGAGACAGGAUCUUAACCUCUUCUUCUUCUUCUUCUUCUUCCUUUUUUUUUUUUUUUUUUUUUUUUUGAAUCACACCCCCUUCAAUGAUGGUGGUGCUAACCUCUUGGCAUGUUAGACUCCAGUUUGCAGGGAUCCUAGAGAAUAGGUGAUGGAUGGUGCACUUGUCUAUAUGUUGGCUCGUCUCGUGCACAGUUAUCUAUAUGUGUCUAUAUGUUGGCUUGUCUCCUGCGCAGUUAUCUAUAUGCUGGUGCCCAAUUUCCACUGUCUUAAACCGCCAGCCCCACCGGCAUUGAAAUGUGAUUUCUCGUGAUACUGACUGCGGGCAGGCCGUGGGGGGAAGGUCCCAGCGGAGAUUCCUGAGUACAUGGUCUUCGGAGGUUUUUCUUGCUCAAAAUUGUGUGUAGAAAAUCCUGAAAGAAAUCAGCGGCACAGAUCUGGUGCUGAUCCUUUUUUUGGGGGGGGAAAUAUUAAAAAAAUCAGAAGAAUUCAAAAUAUUUUUUUGAUGGGGAAAAAGAAGCUUCUGGUUUGACGUUUGCUUUUUCUUUGGCCUGCUGCUGCUACUGGCAGUCCGAUUUUUUAAUGUAUUUUGGGAACUACUGGUUCAAAAAGGUGAAGUGCUGCGGAAAACACAGAAAAUGGCGAUACCAGUUAAAUAAAGGAUACCUUAAGUUGACGAAAUUGGUGUUUUGUGAGCGGGUGGGAGAUCCAGUGGAGGCCAGUGGUAGUCUGUUUGUUUUGGAUGUGCUUCAGGCAUCUGAUGUCAUGCUUUGGCGUAUUGUUGUCUGACACGCGAAUGAGUGAGGCCCUGUCUUUGUGAUGUUCUCUAGGAUUUGCAGCCUCAUUUCUUUGUUGCAUUGGUUUCUAUCGUCUUAGUCAUUCCAAUGUACUGGGCAAAGCUGUUCAGGGCAACUGGCUUUCUCUGUGAUAGAAUGGUUGCCUGAUGUUGGAGAGGUGAGAGAAGGAGAGGAAGAAGCCGGAAAGUGUUAUCUAUCCUAUGACAAGGGUUAAGCGGAAUGAGUUGGGGGAAGGAGAUGGCGAGGAAAGGGGCUCAAGGGCCAACAGUCUACCUCUCUGAGGCUCGAAUCGAAUCGUUACCUCACGUCUCACAACUUCAAUCCACUCUUGAGUCGUAUCUCCCUGCUUCAAAUCCAUCGACGUUCUGGCCACUGCUGUCUCCACGCCUCCCUUGCAAAUAUUUAUAGAGACAGUUAGCAGACAGACAUCUGCAGGACUACCAUCCUUCAGCGAAAACAAAGCACCCUGUCUGAA